CCAGAAUACUGUGUCAAUUUACUUUGACACCAGUCAUCCUCCCCAUGAGUACAUAUCAAACAUGUAAACUACCCGUUUACCAAGUGAAUAAAGCGAUCUCACCAUGUUAAAAACGAAAGGAUAAGGAAAGGUAAGGGAAGCAGGAUAGGGUAGGAGUGUUGGUACUGACGCCGCUUUUGGUUUUGUUUCCUACAGCUCUCGAAUUUCAGAAACAGACAAGCUGCUUGGAGAGCUCCCUGCUCCGCCACGGCUGAAGCGUUGGGAAAAAUGCUGUGGGCAAGCUGUCAAGUGGAAAGAAGAAAACACUGAAAAUUUUCACAGUGAUCAUUUCACAGUAUUUUAACUCUUCUCAUUAUUUCAACCCUUUUCUGAGGUAUGUGAAGACAACUUAAGAGAAUGAAUUUGCAUUGAAAUAUAUAUUUACAGUUGUAUUUUGCGCUGUUGACUUGGUUCUCCCUCUACAGUCUACAAGUUAAUUGGCAAGGCAAGGGGCUUUCAUUGCGUCCAGAUCUUGGGAAGAGAGCGUCUUUACAACAGGAGGGUAGGAAAUGCUUUUCCUAUUAUUCCUACAUUAUUCCUAUUCCUAUGACCUUUACAGAAAUGAGAAAGUGUGUAGAAAGUUCUAGUUGUUAGCAGCUGUUUGGCACUUCUUGAGAUUAAUUACCUAGAGACCUCUGACUUUGUGGAUAGUCACUUGGAAUUGUUGUCCCAAGGACUGGUACUCAGACACAGCUUUGACUGGAUUACAUGCUUCUUAAAAUGCCUAUGUCAAUUUAUGUUCUAAUUUUUUCAGCAUUUAUGUCUUUGGUUACAGUGAGCCACUGUUAGCAAUACAGAAUUUUCCCUGCUGGGGAACUUUCCAAUAAUGGGGAAGUUUCCUAAAGAAGUAGGUGUACUUACAUCAACAUUGAAGCUGUCACAUGAAGUCUUUUGACAAAUAGUUCUGGUUUUACUGUCUUUUUUAUUUGAUUGUGGCAGAAACAUGCAGCAGCAGUACUGAGGAGCAACUUGCAGAGUGAAUAUAUUUUGCUUUUAAAAAACUAUUUGUCACAGAUGUUGGAAGCUAGCAGGAGGACAAAACGGACACUGUAGUAGGUUCUAUAAGAAAAACAGCAAGCAGAUAACUUUCAUAAAGGACUUUGACAUCAAGGUCUCAAACUGAUACAAAGGAUCCUUCUGCUCAGGGUGAAACAGGAGAAGGUUCUAUAAUGGUUAUUGCUGUGGUUUUCUUUUUGCAUGCGCACCUGGAUUUGACCUGGACCUACAUUUUUUUCCCUCUGAAAGUGAAAAAUUGAAUACAGCAGCAAACUUUCUCAGUCUUGAAGAAAUUGUUCAAUCUACAUCAUGGAAAGGCCUUUGUUUUUGUAUAUAUUUUUAUUCUACUGGCAUUUCCUAAAUGCUUUAUUCACUGUUGAAGCUCCCCAGUCACUCUGCACUGUGGAACGUGGGAACAAUGUGACCAUGGAAUGCACAUUUCCAGUGAAUGGAAAAUUAGAUUUUAGAAAUUUAAGUGUCAGCUGGGAAAAGAAAGAUGAGUUGAAGCAGGUUUAUGUACUUCACAAAGGAGAGGAAGACUUCAAAAAUCAGCACAGUGACUUUAAGGGAAGAAUAAAAUUGUUGAAAGAGAAUCUGAACUUGGGACAGUCUCUCCUUCAGAUCACGGAUGUGAAGCUCAGAGAUGCAGGCAUUUACCGCUGUGUUAUUGCCUAUGGGGGAGCUGACUACAAGACAAUCCAUCUGAAAGUUGUGGCUCCUUACAGAAUUAUACACCAAGGAGUGGUGAGCACAGGAUACAAUGAAUGGAAGUUGACAUGUCAGUCAGAGGGAUACCCAGAAGCUGAAGUGAUAUGGCAAAACAGAAACUAUGAGGAUUUGACUGAUAAGGCAAACACAAGAUUUGAAACUGGAAACGACCAGUUGUACCGUGUGACAAGCACCCUUACAAUCAAAAGUGGAAUUGAUGAGAUUUUUUACUGCAUAUUCUGGAAUAAAGAGCUGCAAGAAAAUACAUCUGCCAUUUUACACAUAGCAGAAUCAACUGAUGGCAUUCUCCAGACUGAGAGCAGACGCUUUGUUGGAGCAGCUCUCAUUGCUACUGUUUUUGUUGGAUCAGGACUUCUAUUUCUGCUCUGCAUAAUAAAAGCUAGAGCAAAUAUAGGCAACAGAACACCUGUGGCGAGUUCAUCAACAGUAGAGCUGUCAAAAGAUAAGGAUACACAUGGCUGCAGAGAUGCUUCUUUUGAAGACAGCCAGCUGAAAUAUAUGCAAAUUGAGAAGACCUAGAGAGAGCAGGGGAAGAUCCUCUGUUGUGAAGAUUUGAUAGGUCAAAUGUUCUGUGUUUUAUCUGUGAAAGGGGAUAUUAUUUUUUUGUAUUUAUUGUGUGUUGGUAAUCAUCUAUAUUGUUGUAACACAGGAAAAAAUGUAAUAAAGUUAAAAUAAUUACUAUAGCAUAAAAAAUAUUAAAUGCAGGCUUCCGUAUAUGUGACUAGAUUUUGAGGUAUUUAUUUAAAUAUCAAAGUUUCUACCUUCUCAAGUUUAGGCAAAUGUGUCUUUCAAACACAUAUUAAUUAAAAACAUCUUUCAGGUAAAGCACUUUACAUCUAUGACCAUCAUGAAUUUCAUAGCUAGUUCUUGAUAGGCCAUCUUCUGAACCCUUUUUUCUUCCUUCACCUGACCUCUCAAUUUCCUAUAUAAAACUGUUUUCCAUCUUCUGAAGAACCUUUUCAAUACUUUGAUCGUCAAAAUAGAUGAUGGGGCAACAAGACAAGAUGCCAUACAUACAGGGCAUUUUCGGUCCUUAAAAUACCAGAUGCUUGCAGCUAAGCCUGAAAAAGAUGAUUUAAAACUCUUGGCAACUAUGGUUUGGAAAUUAAGUAAUACUAAGCUUUUUGGUAAAUUUUGAAAAGCAUUUUGGGCAUUUAAUUUCCUCAUGAUAUAGCUGGCACUACUGCUUAUUGCUCUUCUGAUUUACGAUUUGGGGAUAACACAAUUCUUUGGACAUUUAGGAGGAACAGCCUGUAUUUUAGAUGGCCAUUUUGUUUUCUUGUAAAUGGAAAAAGGAACAUCUACCUACUUCUAGGACAUGAAAUACAUGCACUUGUGAUUACGUAGAAAUGCUGAAGAAACCUGUUUCUGGAUCCCAUUUCACAAGUUAUUGCUAUAUUACAUUAGCUUUUUUUUUUUUUUUUUUUUUGCUAAGUGCAUACCUUUUGGGGGGAUAUACACAGGUGAAAAUAAUUUAUUACAGUAGUAUUCACAAUUGCAUUAUUUUUAAUAAAAUGUAUUUUGUUUUU